AUGCUGGUGACCUAUUUGAAAGCCAGCCGGGAACUUUGCGAGACGGACUCAAUUCUCUUUGGCGCCGCACUGGCAGUCUGGCGUAUUAUAGGCGCCAAACUUUCCACGGCUGGACGCACUACUGCCCUCAUCGGCAGACUGAUAUGCUUCAGGUCAAGCAAUACCAGGCCAAGGAUUGUGCGCACCGUCAGUGUGGCGUUUGCUGAGACAAAUGUUUUUUUGUCCCAGCCGGAUAUAAUGCAAAAACUGACGGAGCGCAUAGACGACCUUAAGCAGAGAAUCGCUGCUUGGGAAAAGCGAAUUCGGCGAUAUACCGAGAGGUCGACACGGUUUAACCAGAAUCGUCUCUUCCAGAGUGAUUACAAGAGGCUCUAUAAAUCAUUGGAGCGACCAAUGGUAAGUGAAACGGGCCCAGUACCGAAUCAGGCCGACACGGUCGCAUUCUGGCGCAGCCUGUGGUCAGAGCCCGUAAACCACAACGAGGGCCCUUGGCCGGAAGUUGUGGCGAGUCAGUGUGCGGGUAUUACGCGCAUGGAUCCCGUCAACAUAACGCCGGAUGACGUAGCUGAGGCGGUCCGUAGGAAAAUAAUUUCGGCUGGCAUACCACCCCACAUGUCGGUCACCUCGUGA